AUGGCAGGCGUAGGAGAAAUUACGAAAGGCGUCCACAAAAUGGACCUCAAUAUAGCAGGCACGUCACUUGAUACAGAAGGCUGUCGUAGAAAGCCGGCAUUAGGAUCGAAGAGCAUUACGGUACAUGAGGAACCCGAAAUUAAGGUGAACAACUGCUGUGAGGGUGGGAGGUUGUUUGGAAUCUGGAUUCUUCUAUCAGCAUUUGAUGAGGCAGAGCUAUCUGUCCAAAAACAAGUGACCCGGAAGGCCCCCAAAAGUUCCGGUUCUCCUUCGGCAGACAAAGGUACUGGGUAUGCUUCUCGUUUGGGGAUGGGGCUCAAUCUUCUCCGGAGGCCAAUGUGGGACCAGUAUCUGGCACUAGAUUUGUCAGUCCAGCAGCAAGCUGGGAAUGAUGGGAAGGAGGACAAACCCAUGACAGAUAUUUUGAAGAUACUGCCGCCAUUCCUUCCAUCCUCGAGUUCGAAACCAGCCCCGGAGCUAUUCGCUAUGUUUCGAUUGAGUCUUCUGAUCGACCGGCUGGCGGAGUUGAUAAGAAAUGACUCAGUGACGGAUAUGACGAAGAGAAAGGACCUUUAUCAUGCUGCCUUUGCGUUUUCGGCGGCUGUUGCAAAGCAUCCUGCACUGUCGGUACUCCUUCUUGAACAACGGCCUACAAAGAAGGGAAGCCCAGGCCUACAGGCGCUUGGAAAAGAAGCGGGUCGGAGGGGGCUGAAGGUGGACACUUCCUCAGCUGGGCUCAAUCUUUCACUUUUAGCCUGUGGCCAGAAGACUUCUCAACAUGCGAAAGCUUUUGCCGGUCUCACAGAGAACGGCAUUAUCAAGGAAAAUGCUCAGAGUAGAGAUACCAAGGAGGCCAUUGAUAUGUGCAGGGCGCUUUUUCGGUUCACCUCAGCGGCGAGAGAAACGGCUCCGGCAGCAUACGAAGCUCUUAUUCUUGUUCCGAAGGACAAUUGGGAGACUUUUCAAGAAAUGAACAAAGUCGCCUUUACAGAUGAUGUUCUCGAUGGUCACAUAUAUCUCGAACCCCGUUUGUUACAAGGUGAGUUUUCGCGAUUUGGGGAGGCGCCAAUCGGUCGAAUGAGACGUUUACAUGAGGAACUCACAACAUUAAAGACGUCACUCCCUAAAGGUAUCUUCCUCAAGGUGUCGGACGCGAGACUAGAUGUAAUGAAAGUCAUGAUACGCGGCGUAAGAAACUCACCAUAUGGGGGUGGUUUGUUUGUGUUCGAUGUCUUCCUUCCCGGGGGGUGGCCAAUGGAACCGCCAAAAGUCCUCUUUGCAAUGGACAAGGAAGAGAUUGGCUGCACCAUGUUCACUGAGAAUUAUGAUGUACUCAGUCCAAACAUCCACACAGAUGGAAAAGUCUGCCUCUCACUUCUUAACACGUGGGUGGGAUCCGCUCAAGAGCAGUGGCAACCAAACGUAUCGACCCUCCUCUCCGUUUUCGUUAGUAUCCAGUCAUUUAUUCUCGGCGAGCCAAACCCGUACAGAAAUAACCCUGGCAUGGAGGGUGAGGGCAAUUCCCAGGCAUCAAAAGCAUAUAACAAGCAAGUGCAAUGCAAGACGGUGCUGUAUGCAAUGCUAUUCUGGCUCGAAGAGGAGAACGCCAAUAGGAGUGUAUGGAAGGAGAUUAGUGCUGAGUACUGGCUUCAUAAAGGGAAGAAGGUCCUUGAUACCGUGAAGCAGUGGUCGAAGAGUAAUAAGGCUUUACGAGCUUACGAUAAGGCCAACAACAGUUACCACCGCCGGGGAAGGACUGGGCGAGGAGCGGAUUUAGUUGCAAGAUUGGAGAAAGGCUUGGAGUCUUUGGGUAAGGAACUGGAUGAGCAGGGAAUGAUUAAGUACAGAUACUAGACCUGGUGUCUGGUCAAAUAUAAGCGUCGAAAUAUCACAUUAAAACUCCAAAGUUGUUUCUUUAGCAACGAGGCAGAGAUUGGAUAUAACAGAGGGAUUUAUUUGUUUGUAAAAGUAGUUCUUCUGGCGAAAUUUUGCUUUUCCUAAUAGUAUAUAGC